AUGCAUGGCUUUGGUGGUGCUGGGUUGGAAAGAGGUGGUAUUAGGGGGGAAGCUGGGAGCUAUCAGGGGGAGGAGGGGGAGAGAGCUGAAAACUUGGAUCUAGGGAGGGAGCUGAAGAGGGAGCCGGGGAAAGGAAUAGAAGAGGGAAAGGGAGCUCAAAAGGGAGAGCUUGAAAAGAAAGCCAAAAUAAAGAGAAAGAGCUCAGAGAGGGAGCUGGAAGUAAAUAAGGGAUAG